AGUGAGUGUUUUCAUUUGUUUCUCGCUUCGAGGGGGAGUGAUUUUUUCCCCUUUGCCUUCUUUACGCCAAUAAUAUAAUUAGGUGAAAUUGAUAACGAGCUAAUAUAAUAAAUAGGGAAUCUUAAUAUUUAGAUGGAAUUGAAACCACUAAUCGAUAUCACAGAACUGCAGAACAUUAGAUCGAGCUCCUCAAACGUGAACCCAAGUAUUAGUGCGGCAAACAGUUACUCCAUAACCGGCCUCCUGAACUCACUAUCGGCUGGAGUUGGUCUCUCAUCCACGGGGGAUCCUCUUCUAUCAGAGAUGCUCACUUUACCUUCAACAACUCUAUUACCCUCUUUUGGAUCGCAGCAGAAAUUUAACACUAGUUACGGCGAGGCAGGGGGAGGUUUGAACACGAGCAUGGUCGGAGCAACAGGCCCGAGUUCACCUUUGUCUUUCACCACCACAAACGCGCCAUCGACAAGUUACAGUGGCAAAAGAAAACAAAGACGAUACAGGACUACUUUUAGCAACUAUCAAUUAGAGGAAUUAGAGCGUGCCUUCCAUCGGACUCACUAUCCAGACGUCUUUUUCCGCGAGGAGUUAGCUUUGAAAAUAGAUUUGACUGAGGCUAGAGUCCAAGUUUGGUUUCAAAAUCGGAGGGCAAAGUGGCGUAAACAAGAGAAACAAGUACAACAACAACAGGAGCCGUUGGACUCGCCUCCGCCCCCUCCAUCCUCACUAACGCCACCGGGCGAUUCUUCCUCCGGCAGUGCUGCACUUGCCAACUUGACAGGGUCAAAUCUCAUGCCACAAAACUCCAGUCCUCCAUACUCUUCAGGUGCUCUAUUUCUGGGUAUGGAGUGGGGCAGCUUUACACCGUACCACUAUCCUUUAGGCAGUCAUUCUCAAACGAGCAAGGAACAGCCUGAGAUUGACCCGGACCUUUUGCGGUUUCGCACUACACCCAAAGAUAGACAGUCACCCAACAGCCUUCUUCAAUCCCCAUAGAAAUAAUGUUGAAUAAUUGCAAGGGAAAAAAUAUGAAUGUGACAUAAGUGUUGAGAGUACAAUAUAUAAAUUCAUGGAAAAGGAGUUUGUAGCUACUCAUUGGCCCCAUUUGGAAACUUAGAAAGGGUUUACCUGUAAUUAUGAAUCUUACUGAUUUGAAUAUGGGCGGCAGAUAUGUAUAUUUUCGAUUUUGAAUUAUUUUGUGAUUCGACCUGGAUUGGAGUGAGGGCAUGUGCCCUAAAAAUUCUGCACUCCAAUUUCAUACAGAAUGGCCUCAAUUAGCUUACGAAAAUUGCGCAUAAAUUUGACAAAAAUCAGAGAGUGCAAAAUAUUUCAAUACAAUUUUGAUGACCUAACUGAAAGGUUCUACCUACUCAAGUGCUGUAAAAGUGGACCGAUUUUGGACUUGAGGGUAUCAAUUUUGAUUUAAGCAGUUUUCGAUUUUCAUGGGAUUAAUCUUCAUUAAUAGCAGGAAAAUGUAUUUUUUAUCGAGAUUCAUUCUGUGGUAUCAAAAUAUUCGGUCUUCAAGAGUUACCUGCAUUGUCUUUUGUCUUUCCAUAAACACAUCAACUUUAAAAAAAGGACAUACUUCAGAUGCCGUUAAUUUACGCUGCUUUUGAUACAGGGGUUUACAAAAAUUAUUGUAUUAGUAAGUUACAAGGAUGUGAUAUUAGGAAAUGUUUUUCAAGCAAUAUAUUAUCAUGUCAGAAUUUAGUUUCAUCAUUAUUCCAUGGAAAAUGGAAUACAAGACAAGACAAGACUCUUACAAGACUUAAAAAUUAUAAUUUUAGAUUUAAAAACAAAAAACCACUAUUGUAAAGAUUGGCAUUAAAAAAGUGUCUAUGUGUUGGAAAUAAAUUGUUAAUGAAAGAGCAA